AUGGAAGAUAUUAACUCAGAAAGUUCUUCUCCAGAAAAAGAAAAUAUAGAAAUUCUAUCAGUUGAAACUCUUGACAAUAGCAACAAAGAGAACUUCAUAACUGAUAACAUACAGUUAGAAACUACUAUAGAAAUUGAAGAUACUAACUCUUUGAAGACUCUAAUAGUACUUAUUACAAACAGUAAUAAGCUACACUUGCAAACAAAUAAUCUUGAAGAGAGAUUCACCACUCUUUAA